AAGAUGAAUAACUAUGAUGAAGAGGGGGCCUCAUCAGAAAGCCAGAGUCUUCUGGACACAGCGACGCAGCUGGAAAACCAGGACAUGCACGGAGACGACAAUGUGGUGGUGGUGUAUGAAAACGGCGAUUUGCAGCUUAAAAACAAGGAGGAUUCCGAGCUGCAAAGUCCCAUGAGGAGCGUCGAUAGUGUUCUGAGAGAGGCAGAGGAUAUAAUGACAGAUGGUCCUCUAAAAGCGUCUGAAAACAAAGAAAACCAGCAAGUUUUAUUGGACGAAGUCGACGUUGAGUACAGUCCUAAGAAAUCGUCGCAUCCGAUUGAGAUUGUUGUUCGACACAGUAAAGUAGUGGAGCAACCAUCAAGUUCCAGCAAUGAAUGUGAACGUAACAAUGAAGAUAAAACUAACCAAGUAAGAAGGCUAUCAACUUUAGUCGAAGGCAAGGAAAGCGAGUCACAGAAGCCUUGUUCAUCUUCGGCUGCUAAAGGGUCUACUUCGAAGUGGACUCGUGGGCACCGUCGCGCGUGGAGCAUGCCCAAUGCUAAAGGUGAAAAGAUGACGCUUGCUAUCAUUCAGGACAAGGAAACAAUGACAAAUGGGAACACUCAUAGACGCCGUGUGCUUCGAUGUCGCCUUCAUCCUUCGAGAAAGGAAGAGGGAUCAACUAAAUUCAAUGAAGAAAGCAAAGAUAGUCUCGUUUCGACUGCAUUAAAAUUUGACCUGAGUGGAAUGCCUCCUCCUGAUGAGGACGACAACGAAUUGGAGGUUGAAAUUAAUGAAGAGGAGGUCGUAGUGCCCGGUGAGUCAGGGAAAGGAGCGAGGACAAUCAUCAAAAGGUUCUGGGAAGCGAGAUGGAAAGCUACGAAUUUUGAAUAUCUUCCUGAAUGGUUGCAAGACAACGAAUACCUGAGAACUGGUCAUCGUCCACCACUUCCAUCCUUCAGUAGCUGCUUCAAAAGCAUCUUCGCACUUCACACAGAGACUGGCAAUAUUUGGACUCACAUGUACGGUUGUGUGGCUUUCAUUGGCGUCGCUUUUUGGUUUCUCACUCGCCCAUCGUCACAAAUACAAUUCAUGGACAAAGUCGUGUUUUCAACUUACUUUUUGGGAGCUAUACUAUGCCUCGGCAUGUCAUUCAUUUUUCACACGGUCGCUUGUCAUUCAGACACCGUUGGAAAACUAUUCAGCAAGUUGGAUUAUGCUGGAAUCGCUCUUCUCAUUGUUGGUUCAUUUAUACCAUGGCUUUACUAUGCGUUCUAUUGUCGUCCACAACCAAUGAUGAUCUAUAUAACGAUGAUCAGUGUGUUAGGACUGCUAGCGAUGAUUGUCUCUCUGUGGGACAAAUUUGCUCAGCCGGCAUUCAGACCGCUACGAGCUGUCAUUUUUGUUGCCAUGGGACUAUCAGCUGUUUUUCCCGCCGCACAUUUGCUAUUUGUGGACGGUCUUGAGUUCCUCUAUAAGAAAGUGUGUCUACAUACUUUUGUCAGAGCCAUGUUUUAUUGCUUUUAUUAG